UUUGUGAGCCUUUCUGUCUGAAACAGUGUUGAAAUCCAACAAAAUCAUACACUUUUUAGAGCUUUGUGCAAAGUCCGAUAGGUUACGCUACAAAGAAACUUGACAGCAAGGGAAGAGGGAGAAUAUGUUUGGAAAAGAAGAAGGAAAAAAUCAAAACAUUUUUUGUAGCGUCUUUUGCAGCUUUGUGGUUCGCAGCUUCGUGACGUCUUUCGCAGCAUUUUAGCACCCUUAUACGCAUUUGUGUUGAUAUUUAAGUUAGUUUUCUACAUGAAAAAGGACUCAAAUGAGAAAAAAGUCUCGGUUAUAAACAAAUUGUGUGGCAAAAAUCGCCAUUUGCAGGCUCUGCGUAAGUCUGGCGUUUUAUACCGAAGAGCCGCAAAACUGUUGAAGCAGUAUAAAGAAUCGGUGGAAGAUAUUGUGAAAGUGGUAUCACCAUCAGAACUACAAGCAGCGUCGACUUCACCGGAGCUGUUCGAUGGCAAGAAUACCGAUAUGGCAUCAUCAGUUGAUCCCGAACACAUGCUUUUUCAAGAAACUCAGGAUUUGGAACUGAACCUAAGUGAAUCGGAAGAUGAAGCAUCGAUGGACGACGAAGAUCAGAACAUAAGAUCUGAGGACGAUGAAAACGAUCCUGACUACACCAAAAUGACAAGCGAAGAGGGCUUACGGUAUUGGGAGCUAGCUCGAUCAGAAUCGCACGCAUCUUUAAAAAGUUUGCUAAAGUAUCUUCGAGCCAACAUAGAUCUCCGUGUGCCUAAAGAUCCAAAGACAUUGCUGCGGACACGACGAAAUCCUCGAAUCGACGAAUUUCGUCUAUAGGAAAUGGCCAAUUUUUUGUAUAAUGGAAUACGCCACUGCUUGACAAGUGAAAUGCGAAAACAUACCGCAGUGCCACAGACGCUUCAGUACGAUCUUAACAUCGAUGGCCUUCCUCUUAAUACGCGAUCUUAAACACAGUUCUGGCCAAUUUUGUUGUAGGUUGUUGACCAGCCGAAUCGGUGUCACAACGAAUGGUCUUUUUGGAUACGUCUGCGCCAAAGCGCACUCACAAAGGAUUUUUAGAUGGAGAUUAUAUUCUGCAUUGUACGGGGUCCACGCCGUUGAUUGAUUUGGACGAAUUUGACAUCAUUCUGGAUAUGAUUGUUGUUGAUCAUCUCCAUCAAAUAGACAUUGGUGUUACAAAAAACUUACUUCACAUUUGGUACAUGGGAGUGUUACAAGAAUGGAAAAGAUGGAAUCGCCAGCAACGUGAAGAAUUUAAACAAAGACUCCUAAAAAAAAUUCCCCUUUGAAACGAGCCAAAAAAUGCGCCCGAUUGACGACCUAGCAUAUUGGAAAGUGUCACAUUCCAUCAUCUUGUCACAAGGGUUAUGACAGAUAUGCACAACAGUGUAUAGGGGGCUUAAGGCACGCCAAUGCGGGGCGCGAUUCAUGUGACGUUUGGCCACUGAACGAUGAUUCGGGAACAACGCUUGAGACGAAAUAGAACUAAACAAGAACUACCAAAAUUCCGGCUUGUGUCGAAUUUAUUAGUGGCGACGAGGAUUAAACUAAAGGAAGGAAAAUGGCACAAGAAAGUAUCCAGCAAGCGAUUCUUCAAAUGACGCAAAUUUUGCAGCAGCUUGCGCAACCAACUCCAGCACCUUCCAACCCGGAGAAGACUCUUGAAGCUUUGGCAACUAACAUAAGCGAGUUUUCGUUCGACCCGGAUAAAGGCAUUACAUUCGAAAAGUGGUUUUCCAGAUACACAGACCUUUUCGAUUCAGACGCAGGAAGCUUGGACGAUGCGGCCAAAGUGCGCUUGCUCAUGAGGAAGCUGGACACAUCAUCGCACACCCGGUAUGCAAAUUACAUUUUACCAAAACUUCCUAAGGACAUCAACUUCACGGACACCAUUGCAACACUUGGUAAAAUCUUCGGUGAGCAGACUUCCAUCUUCAACAAAAGAUACCAAUGCUUGCAGCUUAUCAAAUCAGACGCAGAGGAUAUCAUCACAUACGGAGGGAAAGUAAACCGUGCUUGCGAAGAUUUUGAUUUUAAAAACAUGAAAAUCGACCAAUUCAAAUGCUUAGUUUUUAUUUGCGGUCUCAAGGGUCAUAGCUACGCGGAUGUUCGAGCUAGGCUGCUCUCCCGGAUCGAGAACGAAUCAGCAGACGCACCCAUCACCUUGCAGAAUCUGAUUGAUGAGUACCAGCGACUCGUUAAUCUGAAAACAGACACUUCCAUAAUCGAGCACCAGUCAAACUCGAAACCAUCGGUGUACGCAGUUACUUCUAAGGUAAACAAUCGUCAACAACACUUCCCGAAGCCGGAUCAGAAAACACCCCGUACUCCUUGCUGGCAAUGCGGUCAGAUGCACUACAUUCGCGAUUGUCCAUUUUCAAAACAUCAGUGUCAACAAUGCAAUCGUGUAGGACACAAGGAGGGCUAUUGUGCCUGUUUUUCAAAACAAUCCAACGCAGGUGACAACACAAAUUCAACACCGUCAUCAUCACAGUCAGCUACACAAAACGGUAAGAAACCUUUCAACAAAAACAAAGCUAAAAAAGAGGGACAGCAGAGAGGAGUUUUUGCGGUAAACAAAGAAGGCGUUGUUGCUAGACGCAAAUACGUGGAAGUUCACAUCAACAACAAUAGUAUCGAACUGCAGCUAGAUUGUGGUUCAGAUUACACAAUUGUAUCAAAGGACACACUAACCCUUCUUGGCAACCCCGAAAUACAUGCAACGGCAUUGCAAGUCAAAACCGCCUCAGGUAAAUCUCUCCCCUUAGUGUCCUGCGAUAUCUCUUUUCGAGACAUACUUCUCGAAUUUUCCUGCGAUAUCUCUUUUCGAGACAUAACGGUAACCGGUACAUGUUACGUAACGCCGGUGGUUGGAUUCAAUGUAUUAGGUAGCGAACUAAUGGAAGCGUUCGGUCUAUUUGAUAUUCCAAUCAAUGAAUAUUGUAAACAAGUUACCGGACCAUCAGAAACUACCACCAUUAACAACCUGGUAGGAAAAUUUCCAACUUUAUUUGAAGAUGGAUUGGGACGAAGCAUCAAAACAAAGGUGAAACUGUUUUUGGUAGACGGAGCGACUCCUGUUUUCAAACCCAAGCGACCAGUUCCGUAUCACUCACAAAGACUGGUAGAGAAGGAGUUGCUAAGACUUCAACGUUUGAAUGUAAUCGAGCUAAUCGAAUAUUCAGACUGGGCUGCACCAAUCGUGGUUGUGCGAAAGGCUCAAACAGAUGCUGACGGCGAUCCUGUAGUACGCAUAAGUGCAGACUAUUCGACAGGGUUGAAUGAAAGGCUAGAAGCAAACAAAUAUCCGCUACCCACACCAGAUGAGAUCAUUGCUAAACUAGCAGGAAGUCAAUAUUUCAGUACAAUUGACUUAUCCGACGCCUAUUUGCAGAUCGAGGUGGAAGAACAAUCACAAAAAGUCCUCACAAUAAACACACACAAAGGACUGUUCAAGUACAAGCGUCUCCCACCAGGCGUAAAAUCAGCUCCAGGGGCCUUCCAAAAGGUAGUUGACAACAUGCUCAGCGACUUAGAAGGUGCCCAAUCCUUCCUUGAUGAUAUUUUGGUAUUUGGACGAACACGUAUAGAGCAUGACAGAAACUUGGAACAAACACUAACAAAAAUCCAAGAGUACGGGUUCAAAUUGAAGGCAGAGAAAUGCAAAUUUCGAAUGACACAAGUCAAAUACCUAGGCCAUAUUAUCAGCGGGAAAGGUGUGUCUACAGAUCCGGAGAAAGUAGCAUCCAUAGCAAAGAUGCCAGUUCCGAAGAAUAUAUCAGAGCUACAAUCAUUUCUAGGAGCAGUGAAUUACUAUGCAAGAUUCAUUCGGGAAAUGCACACAUUGCGCAAACCACUAGAUGAACUGCUGAAACAAAAUGUAGCAUGGAACUGGAACGACAACUGCCAAAAAUCGUUUGAUCGAUUCAAAGAGCUUCUACAGUCAGACCUUAUGCUUACACACUUCAAUCCAGAGCUAGAAAUAAUUGUAGCCGCAGACGCAUCCAACAGUGGUAUCGGUGCUACAAUUAGACACAGGUUCCCUGACAACAGUGAAAAGAUCAUUCAGCACGCAUCACGAUCAUUAACACCAGCGGAACAAAAAUAUGGUCAAAUUGACAAAGAAGCAUUGGCUCUGGUUUAUGCAGUGACUAAAUUUCACCGCAUGAUUCUUGGCAGACGGUUUGUGUUGGAAACAGAUCACCAACCGCUACCUCGCAUUUUCGGCUCGCAUAAAGGCAUCCCAACACACACAUCGAACAGAUUGCCGCGGUUUGGAUUAACACUAAUGUGUUAUGAUUUCGAACUGCGAUACACUUCAACAACAAAAUUUGGCUAUGCUGAUUUCCUCUCCAGACUCAUCAAUACAGCAAACAAGGUAGAAGAGGAGUACAUAAUUGCAUCAGUGCAAUUGGAAGAGGAGAUGACAGCUGUUCUGCAAGAUUCGGCCGACAAAAUGCCAAUCACAUCAAAUAUGAUCGCUAAAGCCACACAACACGAUGAAAUGUUAAACCGUAUCAUUGAAUACAUACUCAAUGGUUGGCCAACUAGCGCAAAAGAAUGCGAACAUCCAGGAGAUUCAUCUUUCUAUCAACCCAAAGAAGGGCUGACUCUAACUCAAGGAUGCAUUCUGUUUGGAGAACGCGUGGUCAUACCAUCAGUCUUCCAAAAGCGUGUUCUGAAAAUGCUACAUCAAGGGCAUCCAGGCAUUGUAAGAAUGAAAAGUCUCGCAAGAAGUAUUGUUUACUGGCCCAACAUUGACAAGCAGAUUGAGGAUGAAGUAAAACAGUGUAAGAGUUGUGCAUCAGCUUCAAAAUCUCCACCGCACGCUCCACCAGAGUCUUGGCCAACACCAACUGGUCCGUGGCAAAGGGUCCAUAUAGACUAUGCUGGACCAUUUCAAGGUCAAUACUUUUUCCUCGUAGUUGAUGCUUAUUCUCGUUGGCCAGAAAUCUUCGCAACAUCAACCACAACAGCGACGGUCACAAUACAAUUCCUUAGAGGCUGCUUUGCGCGGUUUGGAUUACCGAAUGUGAUUGUCUCCGACAAUGCGAGGGCAUUCACGGGAGAUGAAUUCAAUAAUUUCUGCAAGUCCAACGGCAUCAUUCACAUACGAACCGCUCCCUAUCAUCCACAAUCCAAUGGACAAGUGGAACGGUUUGUAGACACCAUGAAGAGAGCCCUAAAGAAAAUUAACAAGGGAGAGCCUAUGCAGGAAACAUUGGACACAUUCUUGGCAUCGUAUCGGUCGACACCAAACGCUACAAUAGGACAAAGAACACCAAGUGAAAUGAUGUUUUCUUGGAACAUGCGGACUACACUCGACCUACUGCGUCCUUACAAGAGUCCUGAAACAGACAAACCGCAGCACAACAAGCAGAAGCGACAAUUUUGUCCCAACGACAAUGUAUACACAAAAGUAUACAAGGGGAACUCCUGGCAUUGGGAAUCGGGUCGAGUAAUUGAACGGGUUGGUACAGUUAAUUACAAUGUAUUUUUAGAUCAAAAAGGAAUACUCAUCAGAUCGCACCUAAACCAACUUCGAGCUCGACACGAAUCUACAUCAGACGAAGGUGAUAUCGAUGAAGGACGUCAAGAUCAACUAUCACUGGAUGUUCUACUCGAUGAGUUCAACCUUCCCAAACUGGAUCGAGGCCCUGACACUCAAGCUGAUUCGGAGGCUACUUCCCAACGACCGGCAACAGGGGUUACGGCAGCUCAACCGGCACCGAGUCAGAUUCCAGUACGACAACGGUCAUCACAUGGUCGCACAAUUCGCCUACCAGCGCGAUUCCAGCCCUACGUGCUGUCUUAAACCAGGGAGAUGUCACAUUCCAUCAUCUUGUCACAAGGGUUAUGACAGAUAUGCGCAACAGUGUAUAGGGGGCUUAUGGCACUCCAAUGCGGGGCGCGAUUCAUGUGACGUUUGGCCACUGAACGAUGAUUCGGGAACAACGCUUGAGACGAAAUAGAACUAAACAAGAACUACCAAAAUUCCGGCUUGUGUCGAAUUUAUUAGAAAGGAUCAGAUUGCAAAACGUUUCUCCAUUACGCGGCUCCCGUAGUAUUGGAAGGAUUGUUGAGUGAGUAGGAAUAUAAGCAUUUUAUGCUUCAUUUCUGUGCUAUAACGAUACUUUCAUCAACCGAACAUAAAGAAAACUGGAAAGCUGCUGGUACUAUGCUAAAAACUUUUGUAGAAACAUUUGCCGAUGUAUAUCAUAAAAAAGCUGUUACGUCCAAUGUACAUAGUCUAAUCCUCCUCGAAGAAGAAGUAGAGCGGUUUGGUCCUGUUGACUAUCACUCAACAUAUGCAUAUGAACGCAAGCUAGGAAAUAUAAAAAACAGGCUCAUUAGAACUAAUUGUAGAUGUUUAGAACAGGAAAUUCGUAGAAUAUCGGAAAUUGAAAAUUUUACAGGAGCUCAACAAAACGAUCAACCAUUUCGUCAGCCGUUUUAUACGCAAAGAGGGCAAACUAUUACUAUGAAUGUAAGGAAAAAUUUAAAGCUGCGAAAUGAUGAUGUCAACGAUAUGUUUAUGACCACCAAAAACGUAAUUUUCAAAUUUGUUACAGUAAGACAAGAGGAGGACAAGUUGAUGAUAUUUGGAAAAAUGUUUCCUCGUAUUUUCGAAUAUUUUGACGAGCACAUUUCUUCCACGAAGCUACAUAUAUACUCUGUUUAUAAAGAUGAUUUGAAAAAUGACGAGGUUGUAUUAGAAUGCCCUGAUGUCAAACUUAAAUUUGCUAGAACUAUAUAAGAAGCUGAAGGAGAUAUGGUAUUAUUUCCAUUA